AUGGCAAUGUGUGUUGAGGUUUCAGAAGACAAGACCACAAAGGUCAUCUGCCAGGGCUUCACAGGCAAGAAUGGCACCUUCCAUAGUGAGCAGGCAAUUGCUUAUGGCACACAGAUGGUCGGGGGUGUGACGCCGAAGAAGGGGGGUACAAAGCAUCUGGGACUUCCAGUGUUUGACACGGUCAAGGAAGCUGUAGCGGAGACAGGGGCUACUGCAUCAGUCAUCUACGUGCCACCCCCCUUUGCAGCCAAGGCCAUCCUUGAAGGAGUAGACGCUGGACUUGACCUGGUGGUGUGCAUCACAGAGGGCAUCCCCCAGCACGACAUGGUCAAGGUGAAGAAGGUGCUCAAGGAGUCUAAGACGCGCUUGAUCGGCCCCAACUGCCCCGGCAUCAUCAAGCCCGGCGAGUGCAAGAUCGGCAUCAUGCCCGGUUACAUCCACCAGCCAGGCAAGAUCGGGAUUGUGUCGCGGUCGGGCACGCUCACUUAUGAGGCAGUGUUCCAGACCACGCAGCAGGGACUGGGCCAGAGCACCGUUGUGGGCAUCGGGGGAGACCCCUUCAACGGCACCAAUUUUGUAGACUGCCUCGAGCGCUUCCUGAAGGACCCCCAGACGGAGGGGAUCAUCAUGAUUGGGGAAAUUGGCGGCACGGCUGAGGAGGAGGCCGCGGAGCUCAUCAAGGCGUCCGGCACCGACAAGCCAAUCCUCUCCUUCAUAGCAGGGCUGACGGCGCCGCCGGGCAGGCGGAUGGGCCACGCGGGCGCCAUCAUUUCUGGCGGCAAAGGGACGGCCACAGACAAGAUCAACGCUCUCGAAUCAGCCGGAGUCACCGUCGUGAAAUCUCCUGCGCAGAUGGGUACCGCCAUGAAGAAAAUCAUGAGCGAGCGCGGCCUCGCUUGAAUGAUGACUCGCUGAUUAUGUCAUUGCGGUGUCGGAUUUCACACGUGGGCUGAGAUGGCCUGAGCUUUGAUGGGCACUGCAAAAGAAAAAGAUCAAGCGCGGCCUUGCGUGAGGAUGACUCGCAGAUUGUGUCGUUGCCAUGUUUCAUUAGUCACGGGGGCUAAGACGGCAUUAAUUGCCAUGUCUGGCCAGCGGAAGUUCUCCGUGCGAGUCCUGUGUGGGGUGAGGCUGCAUCAACGUUCAGUAGGCAGCAUGCGCCACUUGGUGGGCUAGGAGCUCACACAAUGGCUGCUUUGAUCAGCAGCUGUUCAGUAACCAGACCACUUGUUGCCUGGAAUCAUAGUGAUGCAUGCCAGCUGGCUAGCGCUGGAUCCCCUAGGACUUUACUUACAUUCGAUGUACUCUUAAGGUCUGAAGUGUUCCCACCAGAUCGGCUUGCCAGCAUGUUCCGGCAGCGGCAGCUGUUUAGGAGGCAGAUGCCCACUUUCAAUGGUUACUUGUGUAUUUGCUAGAAGAUUGCCAUGGCUGAUAUCACUCAGUGGCUGUGGCGAAGCACUCAAGGUAAACCGGUGUAAAAACUCAUGAGACGUGAAGGGGAAAGCCCGGAUGCUGUAAAGACCCAAGAGCAUGAGGACUCCUAGCUCGGGGCUACAUUGAUAUUGUAACAUUGACACACCCCGCCAUUACCAAGAGUGCUAAAGGUGUAAGAAUUUACUGCCUCC